AUGUACUUCAAGUCUAUUCUCGCGACCGGAAUCCUUCUUGCUUCCGGACAAAUCGCCUUUUCUGCAAGUUUGCUUCCCGUACGAGACGAUGAUCAGUGUCGUCGUGCUCAGCUUCAUGGCUGCACCGGGAGCGAUUUCACCGGAAAUUGCGAGGACACAGACCUAGGAUAUACAGGAAUCUGCUACAGAACAAGUGGUAUAUUCCGCGACGGUUUAGUCUCAGUGCGGUCUGAGUACCCCACUGGAACAGUGCUGUUUACUAAUCAAGACUGCACCGGAGAUCCAUUGUGGGUAGACACUGAGGGGCAAUCCAACAUUAAGGAAACGCAAUAUCAAUCCUACGUUGGUAUCUUCAUUCCAGAGUAUUCAUGA